CCAAAUAUAUGUGUAAGAAGAAUUUCCCCUCCCUAUUUACAGCCUCUCUCCACUUAUUACCCUUUUUGUCCGUUUUACCUUUACCCUCAACACUUCCUAGUUCCUACUGCGCCCCUUCUUCUUUCGCCACCGCCCUCAACUCCAGCAACCCAAGUGCAGGGACUGAUCGACCCCGUCUGAGUUUUUAUUAAUUCCCUUUUCCCCCAGUUUUUUGAUAGGAAGUUAGUUGUGAUGGACCCAAAUUUGAAGCUGGCCAGCAGUAGAAGCUCCGCCAGUCCCAAACAACUGCAUAUUGCUGAUAGUAGUGAUAUGAUUAGCAACUUGCCUGAUGCUGUUCUUGGUUGCAUUCUAUCACUAGUUCCAACAAAAGAUGCCAUGAGAACAAGUGUCCUGUCAAAAAGAUGGAAAGGACUGUGGCUUUCUGUUUCGCAUUAUGUGUUUGAUGAACAUUCUCAAGGAGACAGGAUGCUGUUUGUGAACCUUUUGAACAGAGUGAUUCAUCGAGAAACAUAUAUUGAUAAACUGUCAAUUUCAUGUCGUGACUUACAUGAUCCAUUGCUUCUUCAUUCGUUCCUGUGCAAUGUUAGAGAGCUUAAUCUUAGUUUUUCGGAAUUUGAUGGCCCAUUCAACUUUCCUAGUUCUGCAUGUUCUCUUGAAUCUCUCAUUUCUUUCAAACUGAAGCUAUGCUAUAAUGUUCUCAAGCUUCCAUCUAAUAUCUGUUUUUCCAGUUUGAAGACCUUACAUCUUGAGUGCAUAACUUUUCCAGAUAAUCCUUCAAAUCAGCAGCUAUUUUCAAAUUGCUGUAUGCUUGAGCAUUUAGUUUUGGAUAAAUGUAGAUGGACAACUCAUAAUAAUGUCAUCCAUGCUCCCAAAGUUAGGAAUCUAACCAUACAUGACGAGUUGAUUGAACGUUUUACCAUAAGCAAGUUUGUGAUCACAAUCAUUGGAUCAGAAAUUCAAUUCCUUAAAUACAAGGGUGGUCUUGAGAAUGAAUAUAUCCUCGCAGACCAGCCAUCAUUAGCUGUAGCAGAUAUCCAUGUUGCUGAGGUGCCACGUCUCUUUGACAAUGACAGAAUCGUUGCCUUCCGUGCAUUUCUCCUUCUCACAAAGCUGAAGAAUGCAAGAUGUCUAACAAUUACACCUGAUACUGCUGAGGUCAUUACCAGUUAUGAACGUGAAUGUCCUAUGCCGUGGCCUGAUUUCAACAAUUUAACCAAACUGGAAAUUACUGAAUCUUCAAUGGAUUUAACUUGUGAUUUGUUAUUAUUGCUCAUCAGUAGAGCAAAUUGUCUGCAGUCUCUUGCAUUUUCCCAGGGAAUCUUUGUACCUGAGGAUGAAGACUGGGAGUGGGAUCAUGUUCCUGAGUGCUUCUCAACACAUCUUAGGAAUAUCCAUAUUGGGGAUCUGUGUGGAUAUCCUUAUGAGCUCUCUAUACUAGGUUUUUUCUUGAAGCACGCAAUGGUUCUGCAAAAGAUGGUUAUAUCUUUUUCGGUUGACAUGACAGAAAGCUUAGAGAAACAGGGGGUCAUACGUGCAAAGUUGCUAGCGCUGCCGAGAGGCUCAAUUUCAUGUGUAAUUGACUUCUGCUAAGUUUUUAAAGCUCACAGUUUGAGUUUGCAAGGAAGCUGUUUACAUUUGCCUAGGGGCGAAGGAUUUUUGCCUGAUCUAAUAUUACUUUGAUAGAUGCAUCUCUGGAGUUUUCGCAUUGCAGUGGAAGCCAAUGUACCGGGGGGCCUCAGAAAUUGUUUGCAUGUCUCUUUGCUUGGUGAUGAUGUGGGUACAUUUGCCAAGGAGGCAAAACUCAAAAUAGUUAUGAAAGAAAAUGUGAUGUCCCCACCCUAAUGCUCAGUUAUUUUUCUCCUUGUUCAUUUCUUACACCAUUCGAUUGCAUUUAUAAAUUAGAUCACAGAUGAUGUUUUGAACAAAUAGCAAAGACAGAAAGAAAUCUCCUGGUAUGGUCAUUUUGUACCAACUUUCGCAGCUUACUUGGGGGUAGCAACCCUAUAUAGCCCAUUGGAGCUCAGUGUACAAAUGACCUGAACUUGUAUGUGCAAAACAUUAGUACAUUCUUUGCUUA